AUGCGUUUCUCCAGCAUCGUCGCCAGUCUGGCGAUUGCCAGCUCCGCUGUUGCCAGCCCUACCUACGGCCAUGGCAAGCCCAAGGAGGACAGCCUCUACAAGGCCAUGAAGAAGGCAGGACGGGAAUUCAUCGGCACGGCCCUGACCCUCCGCAACGAGACCCGCGAAGGCGAGAUCAUCAAGGCCGACUUCAACUCCUUCACUCCCGAGAACGCGAUGAAGUUUGAGUCUGUUCACCCAAACCAAGGCAACUACACCUUCGCGGAUGCCGACCGUUAUGCGGCAUACGCCAAGGCGAACAAGCUUGAGGUCCACUGCCACACUUUGGUUUGGCACUCUCAGCUGCCCGCCUGGGUAUCUGAGGGCGGAUUCGACAACAAGACCCUCAUUGGUAUCAUGGAGGACCACAUCAAGACCGUCAUGACCCGCUACAAGAGCGUUUGCACACGCUGGGACGUAGUUAACGAGGCCUUGAACGAGAACGGUACCUACCGCUCCAGCGUCUGGUACGACACCAUCGGCGAUGCCUUCCUUCCCAUCGCUUUCCGCUUCGCCAACAAGUACCGCGGUAAGGCUGAGCUCUUCUACAAUGACUACAACCUCGAGUACAACGCGGAGAAGACCCAGGGUGCUCAGCGCAUCGUUAAGCUCAUCAAGUCCUACGGCGUCCGCAUCGACGGUGUUGGCUACCAGGCCCAUCUUGCCACUGAGUCCACUCCCACUGCUCCUGGUGCCGCUCCCGACCAAGCUACCCUCGAGGCUGCUCUCCGCGCGACUGCUGACCUUGGCGUUGACGUCGUCUACACCGAGAUUGACCUUCGUAUGAACACGCCUGCCACUCCCGAGAAGCUCCAGGUCCAGGCCGAUGCUUUCGAGCGUGUUGCCAAGUCGUGCAUGAACGUCAAGCGAUGCAUUGGUAUGACUGUCUGGGGUAUCUCCGACAAGUACUCUUGGAUCCCUGGUGUCUUUGAGAACGAGGGUGCUGCCCUUCUCUGGGACGACAACUACAUGAAGAAGCCUGCCUACGCUGGCUUCCUCAAGGGCAUCAAGGCCAAGAAGGGUCACUACUAG